AUGGCUUCCAAACUCAUCACUGUUUUCGGUGCCACUGGUAACCAAGGAGGGUCUGUUGCCCGCUCAUUGGUAAAGAACAAGGCAUUUCAUGUUCGGGGAGUUACCAGAAAUCUCCAGUCAGAGUCUAGCAGUGCUCUCAGUGUCCUUGGGGUAGAAAUGGUUCAAGCGGAUGGUUUCAAUCCCGAUCAGAUGAAGGCCGCAUUCCAGGAUACUUGGGGCAUCUUCUUGAACAUCAAUUCCGACGAUAAAAUAUUCACAAACCAAGAUGGUCCGUCCGAGUUUGACAUGGGUAAGGUCAUUGUGGAUGCUGCUGCAGAAGCGGGAGUACAGCACGUUGUGUUCAGCUCAGGCCCUGCAUGUACUGAGAUGACCAACGGGAAGGUCUCUAUGAAAGCCAUGGAUAUGAAAUGCAAGAUCGAACAAUACAUCAAGGAUCUUGGUAUUUUCAAGUCUGUGAUUCCUCUUGGUGCAGCCUGGUUUCUAGAGAACUUCUUGAGCAAGGAGGUUGCCCCAGUAUUUGGGGGAUUUCCUUACUUCCCGGAUGCUUCAGGCCACCUAGUCUUUCGCUGUCCAUACUGGGGUGGCAAAGAGGAUGUGCCCUGGGUAAGUAUCUCGGAUGAUUUCGGGGAUAUUGUACAUGGUGCAUUCUUGGAUCCAGAAACCUGGAACAGACACUUCAUUCAUGUUCUCAGCGAUAUCCGCAGCUUUCCUGAGGCUGUAGCAGAUUUCCAAGAGGUGACAGGCCGGGAGGCAAUCUGGGACCCCAUACUCCCAUCGUGGGAGGCUUUUGAGACACAUGGCAUCCAUGAAUUGGAAGACGUCAAGCUCAUGUUUGGGUUUACACAGAUUACUGGGGGGAUGUACUUUGGAGGUCCAACGGAACGUGAGACGGCUCAUAAAUUGAAGAAGGCAACAGCAAUUGCUUUAGGAUAUCCCGAGGAAAAGCAGGGUCUGGUCACUCUAAAGGAUUGGUUCGCAGCUCGGUUCGGUAACAUGGGCUGA